CUGUUCCCUGUCUUCUGCGGAAAACACCCAAGACCAAAAAAGCUGGAAGCGGGGGUUUGUGUACCCGUCGAGGCGAGUUUCUAUGAGCCAUUUUAUCUUUCCAUUAGACUGAGGUAGAAUAUAUGCAGGCUGCUGUGUUUCAGGCGGGCUGAUCACACCCACAUCUGGCCAAUGGGAAUAACGUUAGCACCCAUAGGAGACGAAAUCCGGCUUUACACACGGCCAUGUGAGGUGUGACUAUGGAAGGCCAAAAUGCAAAAAGCUCUCCAACCAAGAGGAAUGAUGGAGGCAGAGGCGGGCUUGCAAACAUCAACUUAGUUGAUCUAAAGUUAAGGCAUUCAGCCACUCUGACAUGGUGUAUGAUUGUGGAGUACAAACACAGAAAGGAGCUGGUGAAACAGUCACGUUUGUAAUGCUGAAUGAGGAAACAAGACGUGCAUAUUCUUUGGAUCACGUUGCUGAAGAGGAGUAGGCGUGUGCAUAUGACACAGGACUAACUGAGUCAAAUGAGAGCAUUGGAUGGAGUGACCACAGGCACAGCUAUGUAAGAGACACUCUGGUGUACAGUUCCUGACAAUCAACAUACAGCUGUGAUUCAUGCCACAUAUGUGGCUUCUCAGGGGACAAAGGUGGUUACUCAGCAGACCAGGAACAAGCAGAUGAUUUAUGUCUGAAAAUAUCGCAGCAUUUGGUCUACUCCUGUCGGACAACAAACAGGUUUGAAGUUUUUUAUAGAAAGGAAAAAGCAGGAAGCAGCUCUUGAGUGUUCACCAUGCCUCGGAACAGAGCCUUCUCAGAGCCGGAGUACUCUGCAGAGUAUUCGGCAGACUGCUCAGUGACGCUGCCCUCUGACCCUGGGCAGGCGGUGGGGCGGACACAUGAGGUCACUGUUCGGAGCUCAGGAUGCUGCCUUUGCCUCCCUCGGUUCAUGCGCCUCACUUUUGCGCCCGAGUCUCUGGAGAACCUCUACCAGACCUACUUCAGACGGCAGAGACAUGAAACCCUGCUGGUGCUUGUCGUGUUUGCCGCCCUCUUCGACAGCUACAUCAUCGUCAUGUGCACGGUGGUCUACACCACUGACAAGUUGGCCUCUGUUUUGGUGGCAUCAGUGGGACUGGCAGCAGAUAUCAUCCUCUACCUGCUGUGCCGUUCUGGGCUGCUGCCAGAUCGCAUUUCGCGGCGGGUGGUGCCCUAUGCCCUGUGGGUGCUCAUAGCAGCUCAGAUAUUCUGCUACUUGGGUCUGAACUAUGCUCGCUUCCACCAGGCCAGUGACACAGUUGGCUGGCAGGCUUUCUUCAGCUUCUCCUUUUUCCUGACUCUGCCUUUGAGGUUGACACCCAUCGUGCUCAUCACUACUGUAUCCUGCGGGGUCCACACCCUGGUUCUGGGAGUCACCAUCGCCCAGCAGCAGCAGGAAGAGAUUAAGGGGGCAGCACUUGGCAGACAGCUUCUGGCCAAUAUUGUGAUCUAUGUUUGUGCCAUAACGGUGGGCGUCAUGUCGUACUACAUGGCAGACAGGAAGCAUCGGAAGGCCUUUCUGGAGGCGAGACAGUCACUGGAGGUCAAACUCAACCUGGAAGAGCAGAGCCAACAACAGGAACGCCUGCUGCUGUCCAUCCUUCCAAAGCAUAUAGCAGAUGAGAUGCUGCAGGACAUGAAGAAGGAGCCCAGUCAGAAAGAGAUGCAGCAGUUCAACACCAUGUACAUGUACAGACAUGAGAACGUCAGUAUUUUGUUUGCAGACAUUGUGGGCUUCACCCAGCUGUCAUCAUCCUGCAGUGCUCAGGAGCUGGUCAAACUGCUCAAUGAGCUCUUUGCUCGCUUUGACAAACUGGCUGCAAAAUAUCACCAGCUGAGGAUUAAGAUCCUGGGAGACUGCUACUACUGUAUCUGUGGGCUGCCAGACUACAGAGAGGACCAUGCUGCCUGCUCCAUUAUGAUGGGCCUGGCCAUGGUGGAGGCCAUCUCAUAUGUCCGGGAGAAAACCCAGACAGAUGUUGACAUGCGGGUUGGAGUCCACAGUGGUACAGUCCUCGGGGGAGUGCUGGGUCAGAAACGCUGGCAGUAUGAUGUCUGGUCCACUGAUGUCACUGUAGCCAACAAAAUGGAGGCUGGAGGGAUACCAGGUCGUGUCCACAUCUCACAGAGCACCAUGGAGUGUCUUCAUGGGGAGUUUGAUGUGGAGCCAGGGAACGGAGGCGACCGCUGUGACUACCUGAGAGAGAGGGGCAUUGAGACCUACCUGGUGGUUGUUCCUAAAGGACCUGUGGGAAAGAAUGGCAUCAACGGUGUAAAGCUGUCUGUAACCUCUUCCAGUGGAAACUCCCCGCUGUUAAUCAACACCACAGAAUGUAAUGGCAGUGUUAACACAGCCUGCACCACACCAGAGGAACCUGAAGAACUGGACACAAGGGUCGUGAAUCCAUCUUUCCCUAACCCUCGGAGAAGGCUACGGCUGCGCGACCUGGCUGAAAGGGUGAUUGAUGCUCAGGAGAACGAACAGGAGCUCAACAAACUGCUCAACGAGGCUCUGCUGGAGAGAGAGACAGUCCAAGCUCUGAAGGGGAAACACACCAACCAGCUCUCCCUGAGGUUUGUGGAUCCAGAGCUGGAGACUCGUUACUCGGUGGAGAAGGAGAAGCAGAGUGGAGCUGCCUUCUCCUGCUCCUGUGUGGUCCUGCUCUUCACUGCAGCUAUGGAAGCACUCAUAGACCCCUGGCUGAUUGCAAACUACAUCACCUUUGCAGUGGGAGAAGUCCUGCUGCUAAUCCUGACAAUCUGUUCUCUGGCUGCCAUCUUCCCAAGAGUCUUUCCCAAGAAACUGGUGUCUUUCUCCACCUGGAUAGACCACACACGCUGGGCUCGUAACACCUGGGCCAUGGCAGCCAUCUUCAUCCUCACCAUGGCCGACAUCAUGGACAUGCUGAGUUGUCUGCCUCGAGUCCCAGAUUCAGUCAGCACCACAAUGGCUCCCUCCUCCGCCUCCUCAUCCUCCUCCUCCACCUGGUCCAGCCCUGACGGUUGCCUGGACAACCCCAAAUAUUACAGCUUCAUUGCUGUGCUGGCACUCAUGGCCACCACCAUGCUGGUUCAAGUCAGUCACAUGGUCAAGCUCACACUGAUGCUCUUCAUCACAGUGGCCACAGGCAUCGUUAACAUCUACAGCUGGAGGGACAUCUUCGACCGCUACGACAUGGCUCGCUUCGGCUACAAGUCAUACUUGGUGCCCUCCAAGUUCACAAUGACAGUUAUGAUCUUCAUUAUGAUGGUCAGCUUCUAUUAUUUCUCCAGACAUGUGGAGAAGCUUGCCCGCACCCUGUUCCUGUGGAAGAUUGAGGUCCAUGAGCAGAAGGAGAAGGUGUAUGAGAUGAGGCGCUGGAACGAAGCACUGGUGACCAACAUGCUGCCUGAACACGUCGCUCGACACUUCUUGGGUUCUAAGAAAAGGGAUGAGGAGUUGUACAGUCAGUCCUAUGAUGAGAUUGGAGUCAUGUUUGCCUCAAUCCCCAACUUCUCUGACUUCUACACAGAGGAGAGCAUCAAUAAUGGAGGGAUUGAAUGCUUACGGUUCCUCAACGAGAUCAUCUCAGACUUUGACAGUCUGCUGGAUGAGACUCAGUUCCGCUGCAUCACAAAAAUCAAGACCAUCGGUAGCACCUACAUGGCAGCAUCAGGUGUCACCCCAGACGUCAGCAAUGGCUACACCUGUAUGAAGAAGGAGGAGCAGUCUGACAGAGAGCGCUGGCAGCACCUGGCAGACCUGGCAGACUUUGCUCUGGCCAUGAAGGUCACACUCAUGAACAUCAACUACCAGUCAUUUAACAACUUCAUGCUACGCAUUGGUCUGAAUAAGGGUGGAGUGUUAGCAGGAGUGAUCGGUGCCCGCAAACCCCACUAUGACAUCUGGGGCAACACUGUGAAUGUGGCCAGUCGCAUGGAGUCCACAGGGGUGAUGGGAAACAUCCAGGUUGUGGAGGACUGCUACAACAUCCUGAAAGAGUACGGUUUCCGCUUUGUGAGGAGGGGGCCCAUCUUUGUGAAGGGGAAAGGGGAGCUGCUCACCUAUUUUCUGAAGGGAAGAGACAAACAAGGCUCAUUUAUCAACGGCUCCUCUGUCACUCUGCCACACCAGGUGGUUGACAGCUAAGGACUAAACACACACACACACACACACACACACACACACUCCCCAGUAAUCACGUUUAUGUGUGAUGAAUGCAGAGAGGGGCAGAGGAAAGAGUUUAGAAUGAGAAGUCAUUUGCCUAGAAACCUGGGCUUUUUUCAAUUCUGUGAACAAAAUGUUUACUGGUUGGAUAAAAAUAAUACUGACACACUUCAUACACACCUGUGACAGGAUACCUGACAUUACUGAGCACACACACACGUUCACUGUCUAUGGAAAGAUAUACAUGCCAGUAGAGAUUGUAUUUGAAUUAAAAUGUCAUGUUCAACUUGAACCAUGGAAUUCAAAACAUUCAUAAUUUGAAUGAGUUCAUUGAAAAGAUUAGAAACUGAGCAUGAUUUAAGAGACUUAUUUAAUGUGGAUCUGGAACUGCAUCCACAUACCCAUAGUAAGUAGAUAUGGUUUAUUUAUAUACGGCAGCUGCAGCUCAACCCCAAAGUGCUCCCCAAAUGUAAGUGCCAAAUGAAUGUAAUAUAACACUUUUCUAGAGUAGACAUCACAAAGUGCAUCACAAUAAAAGACAGAAGCAUCAGACGUGAAGAUACAGACGCUAUAUAUGAGUGGAAAAAAUACAAAAUAACAUAAGUAGACUACAUGUAGGCUGGUCUAGAUGGGACAGGCUGGCAGUUGCAAGGUCAAGCACAAGGGUUAUCAUGCCACCUAGUCUAGGGAUGGCCAGAUGUUUUUAUUUAAAUGCAGCUGUUCAUGAAAACUUAAGAUAUAGUUGAAGUCUGAGACAUCCUCUUAAUUAACAAACAGAGAAAAAGAGAGCCUCCUUUACCAAAAUCACAAACAUAUUUUCUCACUAACCUCCGUGGUAUCUAGUCAUGCAUAUAGUUUGGUUUCACCCCUAAAAUUUCUGCCUCAAACCCCAACGAGUAAGCUGGAAGCCUGUAGAUUUGAAGCAGCUUCUCCAGUGUUCUCUACCAAAGUUUGCAUAAUAAUGCAGCAGAUUUGACAUCCACUACUAUUACACUGUCAGUCACACACACAGCUGCCUCUGCUGCUGGUCAAUAAAAAAUGGCCAAUCAGUUUCAGCAGCUAAUUAUGUACAUUUACAUCCCACAAACACCAUAACAACAUUUUGCAUCAAACACCCAGUUUUCAACAUUGCAGCUUUUCUGUAAUUUUGCCAAAACCUGCAUCUAAAAGUGCCCCAAAUCUUUAGGAAAUCAACCUCUUGUGUCUUCUUGCACAUGUCCAUAUGAAGUGCAGUUUCAGACACAUUCAGUUUCAUCCUACUGCUAAACACAUUGAAUCUUUCACUUGAGUUAUUCAAAUGAAAAUGGUUUUGAAUUCAACAUUUCAGCAUGAGGAUGACUAAUUGAAUCGGAUGCCGUUUAAAUACAAUGAUUGGUUUUAUCUCUUUCCAUGAACAUCUCUCAAAUAAGAACCGAACACUGAUCACACACAUGAGCCUUUUUUUUGCAGAAACACUAGUUAUGAUGCCAUCUCCUCCACACAUUAUAUUGCAGGGCUUUUGGGCACCCAGCUUAAAUUUUGGACAUUACUCCCCAUUUACAAAAUACUUCCAUGUAAGGACACCUGAUGGACUGAACUGAGUUCAGAUUUUAUGUCUCUGACGAGGAAGAGGAUUUGGAAGUGGACCAAUACAAUGCCAGAGUGUGACGAUCCAGACUGAUCUGCCACCUGCUGCUGCCCAUGUGUAGUAUGAGAGUGUGUGCUUUGCUCAUAGGGUAUUUUUCCACAGUCAAAGUGUUCUUUCUCCUUGAUUCUGAUCUGGGAUCUGGUCAGGUCUGUCAGUACUGUGCUCUACUCUCUGUUCCUGGACCUCCUACAGCACACUCCAAUGCUGGCUUCUGGAUGUUUCUGAGUUGAAAGUUAAAGGAUAACAGACAUCUGUACUGUGUGUGAGUGUGUAAAUGAUGUGUCUUAGGAGAGGGGACAGUUGACGGUGUCCAGAGUGUAGCACACAAGGCAGAAAAAUUUUUUACACUGAUUUUGGACAGAUGGAAGUGCCUAUCACAGCUGUGAUUACCAUUUUUAAUUUAGUUGAAGGAUUCCAUGGCCCUCAUCAGGCAGGGACAAUCUUCUCAAGUCCUUUCACAUUGCUAUUAAAAGAGAAUUCCAGUUAAUUACAACUUGGCUUUUAUUUUUGUAGCUCUGGCCACAGUGACAUCACCAAAAAUAGAACAACAAGAAACACGAGCAGUCAGAUGAUCAGACAGGUUGGAAAGAAACUUCCAGGGAAGUCAAUGAAAGCAAACUGUAAAAUCCAUCUCAGUUUACAGACCCACUUCCUGUUUUAACUUUGACCAACUGUACUCAUACAAUGAGGGGUUAUUAGUGAUAUUUCAGGUCACAGGCUCUCAGUUUGACCUCCAAAUAAAAAUAAUCAUCUGGAUAAACUGUUGACUUGUUUAUAACCUGUCUGACCAUCUGACUGCUUAUGUUUCUUGAUCCUUUGGUCCUAUUUUAGUUAUGUCACUGUGACAUAGUGUAUGAUCUCAGCAGUUAACUUGGUGAGUAUGUUAGGAAAGCCAAAAAGUAUGCAGGCUGUAAUAAACUGCAAUUUUCCUUUAACUGCACGGAGAUCAUGAGGAAAAGAUGGCUGUUGGGAGGAACAAAAGUAAAUUGAGAGCGUAGUCUAUUUCCUGAAGUAAAAUGACAACAGCAACAAAAAGUUUAAAUACAUGAAGGUGAACUUUCCAUGUUGCUUGCACAACAUUUGGAUCGACACCAUCUCUUCUUGGUGUUAACAUACAAUCUGUGUCUGGAUAAUGAUGUCUAAUAAUGGGGCCUUUGGAUUUACAACUAGAAUUAAUAAACAUUCUUGUUUACUUGAUUCUGUCUUAGGUAGGUGAGCUAGCUGCCUUUCUGUAGAAGGUUUCUAGUUUUACCUUGACAGCGCUAUGAAGCACUGUUUUCCACCUUUCUUCAUGGACAAGUGUCAUCCAUUUUUUGAUUAACUUCUUAGAUGUUACCUGUAGCUUACAGGCAGCUUGAGAUAGCAGGAAGAGGCGGAGUUAGGUCACUGGAGUUAGGUGACAUGUUUUCUUAAGGCUGUGGUCAGACUGCACAAAUGUCAUUUAAACCUGGCUUAAAUCUGAUCACAAUGUGAGGCAGACCAUCUCCAGAUGUGCAUUCUCUCUACAUUUACACCGCACUGCAUUAACAUGGGUUUCCCCUUGUCUAGAUAAGGUAUCCAGAUGUAGAUCUCAUUUAAUACUAGGUAGAAAUGGGGUCUCGCUUUUCCAGUCGGCUUUCAACUGUGUGGUUGUUUUUUUUUUAAUUCCUGCUUGCUUUGUCAAGUAAAGGGCCACAUAUAGUCCAAAAUGGACACGUACAGCAGAUGCACACAGGGUUUUGUUUAUACUGCUUUGGUAGUCUGUAUAUGCUAACGUGUUCACACAGAUGUUGCAGUUGCUAGAUAUGGUCUGUCUACCCAAGGUGGAAAUAAGGUGGAAAAGGUUGGCGCCUAAAACAGCAGGUAAAUUAGAAAAGUGUGUCAAGGGCCACUUGAACCUUAGACAACUCAGAAGUUGACCUAAUUACAUAAAAAUUGAACCAGUCGCAGGCAAACAGUCUAUUGGGAAAUGGUGACUAUCAGCAGGUCAGCCAGCCUUUCAUUUUGCUUGUGGCAACAAAACGAAUGUGAUUGCAUUUGGGGAACUUGACUGACAUCAUUCACAAUGUUUGUACUUGGGAUGUACGAGGCUUUGAUGUGCCAGCAGCGACAUGCAGACCCACCUGAUAGGAAGCAGCUGUAUGUAUGUUUUGGGGGAAAGUAUUUAGGAAGCCACUGCUCUUUCCUCUGCUGAUUGUAAAGCCCAUUAGUGUCUCUGUAGAAUGGGAUCAAAGUGCAAUAGUUUCUUCUUCUACAAACCUGACACUCUCCUCUCUUAAGGAAAGGUUUAAUCAUUCCUUCCCCUUUAAUUCAUAUUUUUUAUAAUGUAAUGUACAAGUUUUGUUCUAUUUAAAGAAAGGGAAAGAGGACUGAAGGUGUCCUCAUUGUACAUAGAGUUUAGACAGUGUUUACUGGUCAGAUUAAUUUAUUGGAAAUGACAGGGACGUUCUUUUUUUUUUCUUACGCAGAAGUGAAAGUGCCAAUGAUAAAGGAAUGGCUUUGGAUGUAAAAGCUAAAAGGUGGACCAUAGUUGUUUCCUGAUUUGUAUUUCAAUCUCAGGUGUGGGAACAAAAUAGCACUUUGAAUAAUGUGUCAACUCUGUAUUUGAUUCCAGGUUUUGGUUGCAACACAAUUUUUGUGCUAAAUACCAACAAACACAGCAACACUGAAACGCCAGAGCCCACGCCAGCAGGGCUAGCUGACGGCAACAAAACGAUUAAAUCCUGAGUUUCAAGUUGUUCUUACUUUUCAGAUUUUCUCAGAAUUUGAUUCUGAACUUUGAUUCCUCUUCACAGUUUUUGUGGAUUGAAUUAGACAUACUGUAGGUCUACUCAACCUGUUCUCAGCAGUUGAUCCCAAUCCUGUUUUUUCAGUUGAAGAAUUUCUCAAUCAGUGUACCCUCAUGCAUUUCAGUUGUCAUCAUAAGGUGAAUUGAUUAAAAAAUCUAAUAAAGAUGA